AACAAAAAAAAAAAAUCAAUUUAUUUUUCUUAUAGCUAAAUCAAAAUUGUCCAAAGGAGAAGCAAAAAAAAGAAAAAAAUCCUUUGUGACAAUGGCUUCUUCUUCUUGUUGUUGGUCUUCAACAAUAAUUUACCCUAAAUGUUCUUCGAAGCUGUUGUUCAUCACCACCUGCGUACGUUAGCUUCAAUUGAAACGACCCCAAACAUUCAAAAAUAAAUCUUUUUUUGCAUCGUCAUGUCAAGAUUCUUUAGAAUAGCUAGUAUUAAAAGAGUUGCACAAUCCCUUGAAAAAAGUCAGAGAAGCACCUAUUUAGGAGAAAAACAUGGAUUGCUUGUUAGGCUUGGGAUAUGUUCUUCAAAGUACAGAUUUUAUGGACAACACACAUCUUCUGCUAGAGGAUAUGCUUCAUUUACUGGGCACAAAGUACAGAACAGUAUGUUCAACAAUUUUCACAAGAUACAGUCAGCCACUUCGUCGAGCAAUCCUAAAGCACAUCAUGCCCGACUUGCUUGGAGGAGGUUCUUACUGAUUUCUUUUUACAGGGGAAGAACUUCUAUUCCAUUAAGUAGAAUUGCUCAAGCAUUUAGUUUGGCUCUAUGCCGCUCUGCAGUUGUUGUUCCUGGUAUAUUUGCCUUACGAUAUGGAAAGAAUGUAGCAGUGGCAGAGGCAGAGGCCAUGCCGGUUGUGGACCUUUCCUCGCCAAGGAAUACAUUUUAUCUACGUGCACAAGAUAGUCAUGUCUUAUUUACUCGACUAAUCCUUUCAGCAUUUGAAGGUGCUGUUCUUUUGGUGAGAGCUUUUUAUUUGGCAAUCCUGUUCUCUCCAAGCAUUGCAAUGGCUCCAUUUGCAGAAGUCCUGGGACCCAGGUACAGGAAAAUAUGGCUUCAGGUUGUUCACCGGACUCUUGAAAGAGCAGGUCCAGCAUUUAUAAAAUGGGGCCAAUGGGCGGCUACACGGCCGGAUCUGUUCCCAAGAGAUUUGUGUGCUGAGCUGUCAAAGCUUCAUUCAAAAGCUCCUGAACAUAACUGGGCCUACACAAAAAAAGCUGUUGAAAAAGCUUUUGGUCGCAGGCUUUCCGAGAUUUUUGACAAUUUUGAGCAGACCCCUGUAGCAUCUGGAAGUAUAGCUCAAGUGCAUCGUGCUUCCUUGAAGUCUAGAUAUCCUGGUCGUGAGAACAAGCCCAUGAAAGUGGCAGUCAAAGUUAGACACCCUGGAGUUGGUGAAUCAAUAAGAAGAGACUUUGAGAUUAUCAAUAUAGUUGCAAAAUUGUCAGGGUUCAUACCAUCACUUAAGUGGCUUAGAUUGGAUGAAAGUGUCCAGCAAUUUGCUGUCUUUAUGAUGUCACAAGUUGACCUAGCAAGAGAAGCUGCCCAUCUAAGUCGUUUUAUUUAUAAUUUUCGAAGAUGGAAAAAUGUCUCUUUCCCUAAGCCUGUUUAUCCAUUAGUACAUCCUGCCGUGCUGGUGGAAACUUUUGAGGAAGGAGAAAGUGUCGCCCACUAUGUUGAUGAACUUCAGGGUCAUGAGCGACUUAAGAGUGCUCUUGCUCAUAUUGGAACUCAUGCCCUUCUCAAGAUGCUUCUGGUUGACAAUUUCAUGCAUGCAGACAUGCAUCCAGGAAAUAUUCUUGUCCGUGUACAACAGCACAAGUCCUCUCAGAAACAGAUAUUCAAGUCAAAGCCACAUGUGAUUUUCCUUGAUGUAGGCAUGACUGCUGAACUUUCUCAGAACGAUAAGUUGAAUUUGCUUGAAUUUUUUAAGGCUGUUGCUCGUCGAGAUGGUUCCACUGCAGCGCAGUGCACUUUAAAUCUAUCAAAAAAGCAGAAUUGCCCUAAUCCAGACGCCUUCAUUAAGGAAGUGAAAGAGUCUUUUGAUUUUUGGGGGACUCCGGAAGGAGAUUUAGUCCAUCCUGGGGACUGCAUGACGCAACUACUUGAACAAGUUAGGCGUCACAGAGUGAACAUUGAUGGCAAUGUGUGCACUGCAAUGGUUACAACUUUAGUCCUGGAGGGCUGGCAACGGAAACUUGAUCCAGAAUACAAUAUAAUGCACACACUACAGACGUUGCUUCUCAAAGCCGACUGGGCAAAGGAUCUUUCCUACACAAUCGAACAGGUCAUGGCUCCAUGAAACUUCCCUCAUGUUACUGCAAACGAAUUGUGAUAUACAAUACACAAAUGUAUAUUUUAGCCCCAAAAGACCAAAAAUCACGUCUCUAGUUUACAUUUUAACCGAUUAGAUAGCCACAUAUCUGCCUCACAAGAUUUUGUUAGUGAAAAGAAAUCUUCUAUAUAGAUAUCGAUCACCAAUAAUACUGACCUUCGGGAGCUUUGACACUUGCGGCAACAAUGGCAAAAGGAAGUGUAGUAUCUUCCUUCGUUAAUUCAUUGAUUUUUCGUUAUCUUUUUCUCCUUUUUCUCAUAUUAGUUUCGUCUAGGGAAAAAGGAGGACGAAGACGUUAGAAUUUUGUUCUCAUCCCUACAGUUUUCCUCUCAAUGUAUGUAAUUUUUCUUGUUUUUGUUGUGCUUUAUUAUUCAAUAUUAGAAGAAAAAAAGAUAAAUUUUGUGUGAA